GCUCAUCAUCUACGCAUCCUCUCAACUUGUCCCCUCUUUCUUGAACAACUGCUUUUCUGCCAUAUCUUCGAGUGCUCUAUCUCUUUCAGCAUCACUUGCAUCAUGGAUGAGAUUGCUCCCGAAUACGAUGUUAUAGUCCUCGGCACCGGACUGACGGAAUGUGUGCUGUCUGGUGUUCUUAGUGUCAAGGGCAAUAAGGUCCUCCAUAUCGAUCGCAAUGAUCAUUACGGAGGUGAAGCUGCUUCCGUGAACAUUGAGACUCUUUUCAAGAAAUACGGCAAUGUCCGGCCCGGCGAGGAACCCUGGAAGAAGUAUGGCCGCGUCAACGACUGGAACGUGGAUUUGGUACCCAAGCUGUUGAUGGCGAAUGGCGAGUUGACAAACAUCCUCGUUUCGACUGAUGUCACCCGAUACCUCGAGUUCAAGCAGAUUGCUGGUAGCUACGUUCAGCAGGGCAAGGGACCCAAGGCGACGGUGGCCAAGGUGCCCUCCGACGCAGGCGAAGCUCUGCGCUCGUCCCUCAUGGGCAUGUUCGAGAAGCGAAGGGCCAAGAAGUUCCUCGAGUGGGUUGGUGAAUUCAAGGAGGACGACCCAUCUACUCACCAGGGUCUGAACAUUGCCACGUGCACGAUGAAGGAUGUUUAUGAUAAGUUCUCGCUAGAAGACAAUACCCGUGACUUCGUUGGCCACUCGAUGGCGCUUUACCAGGAUGACGACUACAUCAACCGCCCGGGAACGGCCUCUGACGCCAUCAACCGCAUCCGUCUAUACGUGAACUCGAUGGCCCGCUACGGCAAGUCACCAUACAUCUACCCCCUGUACGGACUAGGCGAGCUCCCUCAGGGAUUUGCCCGUCUUUCCGCCAUCUAUGGAGGUACCUACAUGCUCAACACCGAUAUUGACGAAGUUCUGUAUGAUGAGAACGGAAAGGUCUCCGGCAUCAAGGCCACAAUGAAGGACCGCGAAGAUGGCGGCGAAACCAUGAAGUUCGAGACCAAGACAAAGAAGAUCAUCGCAGACCCAUCCUACUUCCCCGGCAAGGUUUCUGUCUCCGGCUACCUGCUCAAGGCUAUCUGCAUCUUAAAGCAUCCUAUCGACAAGACCGAUGGCAGCGACUCCCUCCAGCUGAUCAUUCCCCAGUCCCAGGUUGGACGCAAGCGUGAUAUUUACGUUGCAAUGGUCUCAUCGGCACACAACGUCUGCCCCAAAGGCUACUACAUUGCCAUCGUCUCGACCAUCGCCGAGACUGACUCCAACCACCACCUUGAACUGGAGCCAGGGUUCGAACGCCUGGGUGAUAUUGAAGAGAAGUUCUUCCCGCCUCCCAUUCCGCUCUACCAGCCCCUGGAAGAUGGAAAGAAAGACAACAUCUUCAUUUCGAAGAGCUACGAUGCCACAUCUCACUUUGAGACCACUACUGAUGACGUGCGGGACAUUUACCGCCGUGCGACUGGCGAAGAGCUUGUCGUUGAAGGUCUCCGAGAGGGCCAAACUCUCGCCCAGGAGUAAAUAUCUCAAACCCAUAUCGGGAUUAAUAUACUAUCACUUGGAUGCUUUUGAAUGGAGCGAUAAUGUCCACCGUC